GAUUAUGUAAAAAUUGGAACAAAUAACACGUCUUGAACCGAAUUAGAAAACGAAAAACGUGAAUCAACAUGUGAAGUGGACAUGUGAUAAGUUAAUUGUUGGUGUUAUUAUGUGUAUGCGUUAUUUACAUAAUCUCCGAUAUUAUGCGCGUUGCAUGCGCACUGUUGCAAUAGUAGCGGACCACGUGCACAGACGAUAUCGUGUCGGCUGCUGAACAGCACAUAUUACACAACAAACAAAAAAAAACAUGCUAAAUUGCAUGAAGUGAGGAAUCCUGGAUUUUCAACAUUAAUGACAGUAAGAUCGUAUGACAGUUGAACGAAGAAGGCCAUAGAAAUUCUAUCGUUUUGAAGAUCUUCCAAAAAGAAGAAUGACAAAGAACUCUAUCAAUGACGAUAUAAAAAUCAAGGCAAUGCCACAAAUACAGUUUCAUGAAAAUAGCAGAUACAGAAAAUAUUUCACAUGGAUAAAACACAUAUCAGUGGAGCCGACCAUGUGGUUCUACAUGAUGGCGUUCAUGUUCACUUCGGUUGUCGAACAAGAUUUUUUUAGACAUAAAGCAUGUCGGGUCGAUCACGGAUAUUCGGCAGAAAUCUGCUCAAGAUUAAACGACGAUGAUAAUAAGGCUAUAAAAACCGCAGUGCAGAUAACAGUUUCGGAAUUUCAUCAAUGGAACGAUAUCGCUGGGCACGUACUGCCCAUUAUCUUAGCAAUGUUCUAUGGUAACUGGAGCGACCGGCGCGGACGCAAAUUGCCGCUUAUCCUCGGCCUGGUAGGCAAAUUAGUUUAUUCUUUUAUGAUCGUGAUUAAUUCCAUAAUGGACACUUGGAAACUGAACAUGGUGGUGUACACAGCCACCUUGCCAAUGAGCAUAUUUGGCGGCGAUGUUGCAAUCUUUGCCAGUUGUUUCGCAUAUCUAUCGGAUAUAUCCUCUGUGGAGCAGAGAACCUUGAGGAUAACAAUUCUAGAUGUUGUUUAUCUAAGCACUAUGCCUACAGGAGUCGCACUUGGAUCUUACGUAUUUAAUCAAUUUUUACUGAAUGGUAAAGCUUAUACGUUCAUGUUCGCCAUAAACGCGACUUUGCUCGCGCUUGCGAUUAUAUACUCGUUUAUGCGGCUCAAAUGGCGAACGUCAUCGCAACAGCAGCCGCUCGUUGGGACUAAUUGGCUACUAGAUUUUUUUGACAUGCGACAUGUCAUCACGACAGUGCGAACGUUGGUGAAAUCGAGACUUCAUCAUGGCAAAUUGCACUUGUGGUUUCUCUUGCUAGCAAUGUGUCUUUACACAUUCCAGAGAGACGAAAAUCCUAAAAGCCAGAUGUAUACCUCUCUGAUCUUCAAAUGGAACGUUGCAGACUUUAGCAAUUUCAAAACAUUCAAAUCGACUCUAUUUGUAUUAGCAAUGCUCAUUGGUGUGCCUAUCAUGAGUAAAUUAUUGAAGAUGAAAGACACUUUCAUGGUAGCGAUAGGAGCAAUAGCGCAUGCAGCCGGAAGAAUAGUAUUUAUUUUGGCAAAUAAACCGGAGCUAUUCUAUGUAGGUGGUGCAGUUGCUGCGUUAGGUCCUAUAGUAGCUCCUGUACUCAGAUCAAUGACUUCUAAACUUGUACCCACAGAAGAACGAGGAAAGGUAUUCGCGAUGCUUUCCGUAUGCGACAAUGCAGUUCCAUUAUUCAGUGGUACUUUGUACUCUCAACUUUACAACGCUACGAUAAAGACAGCACCAAACUCUUUUUAUUGGUUAACGUUCUCCACACAAAUUGCCGUGCUUCUGCUUAUCUUAGUAAUCCACUUUACGUCGUGGUCUAAACAUGAAACGGAGCAACAAGACACCAAUGACGAGGUUGUAGCUCCAUCUUUGCCAACUACUUUAGAUACUUCAGAGACCAGCUCGUCGAAUAAUGUCGAAUAACAUCGACAAAUUAAUAAUAAAAUAAACAUAUUAAAAAACUUUCAACACGUUCAUAAAUAAAUAGCAGUUAUAGUAUUCAUUUCCAUUUGAUAUAAAGACUUGUAAGUAUUUAAAAUAUAACAAAAUAAUUCUAUACAAGUAGGAAACGUAUAUACGUAACAAACGCGAAAUAAAAUUGUUUAUAUCACUAUAAUAUUAGCUAAUAUUUUUUAUACAAAAUAAUCUUUUAUAUAUCUUGUUAAAAAAUAAUCCUAAAUGAAAAGCAUUAAUUGCUGAAACGAGAAUAUAGACUGAUUAAUGAUACGUAUUUGUAAUACAAUGUCUAGAUUGUUGAAAUAUUAGCAUAUCAUUAAAAUUUAUUACUUUACAAUUAUAUUAUUAAAUUUAUUAAGAUUUUUUAAG